AUGGCGGUCUCUUCGCCAUCUCACUACGAGAUUCUCGGUCUCACCCCCACCCUCCUCAACUCCCAACAUGACCCCUCCACACUCAUAAAACAGGCCUAUCGCAAGGCUCUCCUCCGUCACCAUCCCGACAAGGCUGCUGCUGCUACUCCCUCGGUCUCAACAUCAGCCUCAUCCCCGUCUCAACUCUACACCAUAGACCAAAUCACACAAGCCUUCACAGUUCUCUCAUCGCCUCGCCAGCGCAGCACCUACGACGCCAACCUGCGUCUCACCAGGGCCAACAGCGACGGUUCACAGGCUCGCUUUCAGACAGGCAUCGAAAACGUCGAUUUGGACGAUUUGCAGUUCGACGAAGAGGAAGAGCGCUGGUAUAGAUCCUGUCGCUGCGGCAAUGAUCGCGGGUAUUCCUUUCAGGAGUCAGAUUUAGAAGAAGUUGAGCACGAGGGGGUGCUCAUGGUCGGCUGUCACGACUGCAGCCUUUGGCUCAAAGUUCACUUUGCCGUUGUAGAUGAAGCAGAUGACAGUCAUCCGUCGACAUCAAAUAAAAAGGAACCGAGUUGA